AUGGCGAACGCUGCUGUCCGCCGGCGUAGGGGCCGGCGCUUGCUGGUGUGCCUUGGCCUUGGCUGCGCGCCGGCCUUUGUGGAUCCUGGGGCGCUGCUGCGAGGCUCCGCCUCCGCGGCACUCGUAGCAGCUCUGGCUGCACCUGCCCCGGCCGCGGCAGAUUGGUUCAGCUUUGUUUGGGGACUGAAGACUGAUGAACAGGUUCUGGAGCGGCAAGAGAAUGAGGUGGAAGAGGAGCUUCAGCAGCAGCCCUUUUCCAACAUCUUCGACCGGGCCAGGCUCCUGAACCUGGAGGCGACCUUGAAGGCGGAGGAGGCCACAGUAAAAGCUGAGGAGAAGGACGUGGAAGCCAGCGCUAGCCGUGGGCAGGACUUCCGUAGCCAGAGCAGCGCCUUCCGCAGCGAUGAGCAAAAGCUGCAGGGCCUCAGCCGCCUAGCCGAGCGCCUCCAAUUCAGCGACAAGGACAGCGCGGAGCUCAAAGAUUUGAUGCGGAAACUGCCUGGCUGA